AUGACAAUCGUAGAGCCAAGUUAUGUGGAAGAUAUGUUCGCACUAUUUUGUAUUGUUGUAGUAUCAUUGUUUGGCUUUAUCAGCAAUGGCUUAUCACUUCAUAUCACAAUCACAAAUUCACAUUUUCGGAAUGCUUAUGGCACUCUUUGUACGGCGGUUUUGUUGUGUAAUAUACAAACGAUAGCAGUUAUACUAAUUUGGGGAGCUGUUGUCCUACUAACGCAUUCUCGAGAAUUAUCAUCACCAACAUCUUCCAUUGCUUUAAUUCCCGGAUGUUUGGCAAAUGUGUCACUUUACGGGGCGGUAGUAGUGAAUUUGUUAAUUACAAUGAAUCGAUAUUGCGCACUUGCAUAUCCUUUAAAAUAUCACAAUUUCUGGUCUAUACCGAAAGCUCGUCGAGCAGGAAUUAUUGCCUAUCUUCUUGGAUUUCUACCGUGUCUUCCAAAUAUUCUCGGACCGUGUACUCCCAUUUUUAAUGCGAAAUUGAAUUACUGUUGGACUUAUUCCGACACAACCUGUGGACAAUUCAAUUCCGUUUUUGAUGUAAUAAUAGUUACAUCAUCUUCAGUGAUAAUGGGAUGUAUCAAUUUUGCAACGUUUAUCAAAAUGCGGAAUCACUAUAAAUUAAAAACAGUUCCAAUGAUGAGAAACAAUUUUACUGGGCGGCGUAAACUCGAUCUCUUAUUUUUUAAACAAGUAAGGCAAUGGGUAUAG